AUGUCUAACUUUACAGAGUCUAAUUGUUUUUUUUUUUUUUUUAUAUUUCAGGCUGAAGGUACUGCAACUAUCAGAACGAGAAAGUUCAUGACCAACCGGUUAUUAUGCCGGAAACAAAUGGUCGUAGAUGUACUUCACCCUGGACAGAGUUCGGUACGCAAAACUGACAUCAGGGAAAAACUUGCAAAAAUGUACAAAGUUACCCCAGAUGUUGUUUUCGUCUUUGGAUUUCGUACGAGUUUUGGUGGUGGCAGGUCAACUGGUUUUGGUUUGAUUUAUGAAACCCUUGAUUUCGCCAAGAAGUUCGAGCCAAAACACAGACUUCAAAGGCAUGGUCUGUUUGAAAAACAGAAACAAACCAGAAAACAAAGAAAAGAACGUAAGAAUAGGAUGAAGAAAGUCAGAGGAACUGGCAAGAGUAAAGUUGGAGCUGCAUCUAAGAAGGUAUAG